AUGGCCACGCCGGGCUUCCCCCCGCCUACUCAAUCGCUGCGGCAUCACCCUUCCACCCAGCCCUCGCCCUUCGCAUCCAUGACCGCCAACGACGGCGACGCCAUGCGCUUCAUGCCUGCACCCGGCCCCUACACCCACGGCCAUGUUCCCAGUCUUCCCGUUCGCGCCCUCAUUCGCCGCCUGCCUCUCAACACGACUGAUGAGUCACUGCGACUCAUGGUCCUCUGGUCCAAAGAGCUCGUCUCCGCUGAGCUCCUGCCCGCCUCCCAGUCCCGCGAUGAUGGCUACCUCUCUGGCCUUCUCGAGUUCGAAACCUACUCGGGUGCCAUCGCCGUCAAGAACAUACUCAACGGCACCCCCAACAUCCUCCAGAACGCCGACCUGAUCGUCGAGGUCCUCGACGACCCUCCGGGCCCUGCCGACAACUACUCUGACGACUUCGGUCCCGAGAGUCCCGGCACCGUGCCCUCCACCAUCGGCUCCGGAAGACCCUCGUCCAUGAACCCGCCCCUCUCCAUGCACGCCAUGGCUUCCAUGUCCCAGCACGCCGCCAUGUUCAGCCCCCAGUCCUCGAACCUCGCCCCGGUGCACUACCAGAGCCCCUAUAGCGUCUCCACCCCUAUAGGCAGCCACCUCCGCGACCGCACCAGGAUAUCCGGCAAGUCCCUCAUCGAGAACAACCUGACCGAUGACGACGAAACGAGCGUCCUCCUCAAGGAUCCCGUCGCCUACGCCGAGAGCAGGCCCUCGACCGGCCGACGCGCCACCGCGCCCCAGAUUCCCAUCACGCGCAUGAGCAACCUGACGCUCAACACCAACACCAGCACCUCGCCAGCCUCCAGUUCGGUCCCCACGCCUUAUAUGAACCCCCUGUCGGCUCACGCCAUGGCAUCGGCAGGCGCGCCCGCCAUGAACGGUGCCGGUGCCACCGCCGGAGGAGGUGCCGGAGGUGCCGGCGGCGCCGGCGGUGGCGGAGCAGGCGUCGCUGGCCACCGGUAUCCUCCCAUGGCCAAUGUCCACUACCGCCCACACUUCCCCGCCAUCAACCCGGCCGAUCAGAACCCGCCCUGCAACACGCUCUAUGUCGGCAACCUGCCCGUCGGCACGUCCGAGGAUGAGCUCAAGAUCAUGUUCUCUAAGCAGAGGGGCUACAAGCGCCUGUGUUUCCGCACCAAGCACAACGGCCCCAUGUGUUUUGUCGAGUUCGAGGACGUCACCUUUGCCACAAAGGCCCUCCACGAGCUCUACGGACACCCUCUCCACAACAGUGUCAAGGGAGGCAUCAGGCUGAGCUUCUCCAAGAACCCGCUCGGUGUGCGCUCCCAGCACAACACCAACUCGGGAGCCCACUCGGCCGGUCCUAUGGGAGGUGGUGCCAUGAACGGCAACGCCAACGGGUCCAUGAACGGGUCCAUGAAUGCGGGCGGGAUGAACGGCAUCAUGUCCGCCGGUGCCAUGAACGGGGCCUCUUCUGCCAACGGCUUCGGCGGCGCCAACAGGCCCCCGCCUGGUCUCGCAGUCCCCCCGGGUCUCGAGCCGAGCCGUCUCGCCUUUAACCUCCCUAUGCCCAACGGAAACCAGGGCUUCAUGGGAUCAGGGGCACCCGCUUGGUAA